AUGGCUGAGGUUGGAAAGAUCAAAGGUGAGGCUAGUGCUGGGGACCUGGUCCUUCCGUUCGAGCAUCUUAGGAGCAAUGAUAUUGCCUUGGUUGGCGGCAAAAACUCCUCCAUUGGGGAGAUGAUCGGUGCCCUUGGGACGAAGGGGAUCCCGGUACCACCUGGUUUUGCGACCACCUCGCACGCUUAUUGGCAAUACGUUGACAGCAACGAGAUCCGGGACAAGGUGGCCAUGUUGAUUGCUGAAUGGCAAUCAGGUAAGGUGACCUUGGUUGAGACUGGCCAUGCAGUGCGCAGUUUAUUCCUUCGUGGUAGUUGGCCCGCCGAUAUCUCGACUGCUAUCGGAAGAGCCUAUCGCGAGCUGUCGGGCAAAGUGGGAAUCAAGGACCUGAGCGUUGCAGUGCGUUCGAGCGCGACGGCAGAGGACUUACCUGAUGCGAGUUUUGCUGGCCAACAGGAGUCUUUUCUGAACAUCACGGGGUUUGAUGCACUUCUGAAUGCUUGCCGGCGUUGUUAUGCCUCUCUUUUCACCGACCGUGCCAUCAGCUAUCGCCAGACCAAAGGAUUCGAUCACAUGAGCGUCGCACUCUCGAUUGGAGUACAGCAUAUGGUCCGCUCCGAUGCCAGCGGGUCUGGUGUUAUGUUCUCCAUUGAUACCGAAAGCGGCUUCGACAAGGUUGUGCUCAUCAACGCAGCGUGGGGGCUCGGGGAGAAUGUAGUACAAGGAACUGUCAACCCUGACGAAUACCAAAUUUUCAAGCCUCUACUGGACGAUAUCAAUCUGGUCCCAAUCAUAGAGAAAAGGCGCGGUGAUAAGUCAAUGAAGAUGGUGUAUGGCGAUGAAAAUAUGCCAACGCGCAACAUACCUACCUCAAAAGCGGAGCGAGAUGCAUUUGUGCUGGAUGAUCAGGAAAUACUCCAGCUAAGCCGCUGGGCCUGCAUAAUUGAAAAGCAUUAUGGUUAUCCCAUGGACAUGGAAUGGGCAAAGGAUGGAAUCACGGAUGAACUGUUCAUCGUCCAGGCUCGGCCGGAAACCGUACACUCACGCCGUGAUGCGGGUGCCUUGAAGACUUACAGGGUUGGAAAGAAGGGCCGCCUCCUGACCACCGGCCUUUCGAUCGGGGAUGCGGCAGUCUCAGGCCGUCUCUGCAUUAUUGAAACAGCAAAAGAUAUCGACAAUUUUAUCGACGGUUCGAUCUUAGUGGCGAAAGUGACCGACCCAGAUUGGGUACCUCUCAUGAAGCGGGCCGCGGCGAUUGUCACCGACCACGGCGGGCGCACUUCGCAUGCUGCCAUAGUUAGCCGCGAACUUGGCCUCCCUGCCGUAGUAGGCACUGGCAAUGCAACCUACAUUCUACACACCGGUCAGGACGUAACUGUUUCCUGUGCAGAGGGUGAUAACGGCUUCGUCUACGAAGGCAUCUCCAAUAUUACUACCCAGACAUUGGAUCUUACUGGGCUGCCGUUGAUCAAUACAAAAAUCAUGAUCAAUCUCUCCAACCCAGCAGCGGCCUACCGCUGGUGGCGACUUCCAGCAGAUGGCAUCGGACUUGCUCGUAUGGAAUUUGUCGUUACCAACGCUAUCCAGGUCCACCCCAUGGCGCUCGUCCAUUUUGAUCGGUUAAAGGAUGUAAAGGCCAAGGAGAAAAUUAUGAGAUUGACGGCUGGAUACAAUCACAAGCCUGACUACUUUGUCGACAAGCUGGCACACGGUUUUGCGGCCCUUUGCGCCACUGUCUACCCUAAGCCGGCUAUCAUCCGCAUGAGUGACUUCAAGACAAACGAGUACUCCGGUCUCAUUGGUGGCUUUGAGUUCGAGCCAAAGGAGGAGAACCCUAUGCUUGGCUUUCGUGGAGCAUCUCGGUACUAUUCACCACUGUACAAGGCGGGCUUCGCGCUAGAGUGCCGCGCGAUCAAGCGGUUACGUGAGGAUAUGGGCUUCGAUAAUGCGAUCCCAAUGAUUCCUUUCUGCCGGACAAUUGGUGAGGCUGAAAAGGUACUUAGCACUAUGGCCGACAACGGGCUCAAGCGUGGUGAAAACGGCCUGCAAGUCUAUGUUAUGUGCGAGAUUCCGUCCAACGUCAUCCUGGCUACUGAGUUUUCCCGGUACUUCGAUGGUUUCUCGAUUGGCUCCAAUGAUUUGACGCAGUUAACUCUUGGUGUUGACCGUGACUCUGAGGAGCUGGCAGACCUAUUUAACGACCAAGACGCGGCUGUUAAAUGGAUGGUCGCGCAGGUCAUCUCAGUGGCUCGGAAGAGAGGUUGCACGAUCGGCAUCUGCGGACAGGCACCGAGUGACCAUCCUGAGUUUGCGAAAUUCCUUGUGAAUGCUGGCAUCAAUUCGAUAUCUGUCAGCCCCGACAGCUUUGCCUCCGUUAAAACGUUUGCUGCAGCCAGCGAGCGAGAACGACUUGCUCUGAUAACAGACGAAUGA